AUGUCGCUGGGAGGUUCCUCCGUCACUCUCUUUUCUCCGUACAAGAUGGGCAAGUUCAGUGUUGUAGACAUCAAAAUUUCGGAAUUUUUCGUGUUUACAAGUGUCUCUCACAGGGUGGUUAUGGCGCCGCUGACAAGGUGCCGGGCGUUGAAGGGACUGCCGCAACCAGCACUGGCUGAGUACUACGUUCAGAGGAUGCCCAGUGUUCCUGGGAUUUACAACGACGAACAGGUGGAGGCAUGGAAGAAGGUGGUGGAUGCAGUUCAUGCCAAAGGCGCAGUCAUUUUCUGUCAACUUUGGCACGUUGGUCGUGCAUCUCAUGAAGUUUAUCAACCUGGUGGGGGAUUACCGAUAUCUUCAACCAACAAUCCCAUUUCAAAGAGAUGGAAUGUUCUGUUGCCGGAUGGCUCUCAUGGCACUUAUCCUAAGCCUCGAGCCCUCGAAACCCAGGAAAUUCCCCAAGUGGUUGAGCAUUUUCGCCAGGGUGCGUUGAAUACCAUUCGAGCGGGUUUUGAUGGAGUUGAGAUUCAUGGGGCACAUGGCUAUAUCAUUGACCAAUUCCUGAAAGACGGGAUCAAUGAUCGAACUGAUGAGUACGGUGGAUCGCUAGAAAAUCAGUGCAAAUUUCUUAUUCAGAUUGUUCAAGCUGUGGUUGCAGCAAUAGGUGCGGAUAGAGUUGGGGUCAGAAUCUCGGCGGCUAUUGAUCACUUGGAUGCCAUCGACUCCAAACCACUUAUCUUAGGCCUGGCAGUGAUCGAGAGGCUCAACAGGCUUCAACAGAAUUGGGGCUCGAAACUGGCUUAUCUCCAAGUGACACAGCCUCGCUAUUCAGCUCAUGCCCAAGCGGAAGCUAGUAAACUCAGCAAUGACGAAGAGGAAGCUGUGUUUAUGAGGACUUUAAGAAACUCUUAUCACGGUACAUUCAUAGCUAGCGGAGGAUUCACUAGAGAGCUUGCAAUGCAAGCAAUUGCUUCCGGCAACGCUGAUUUGGUGUCAUACGCCUUUUUAUCUCGAACCCUGACUUGGUUUUGAGAUUUAAGCUUAAUGCCCCCUUGGCGAAAUAUAACAGGAAGACUUUCUACACACAAGACCCUGUUGUUGGGUACACAGACUACCCUUUUCUGAACAAAUCCUAUUACGGGGAUGAGGAGGAAC